CUAACUGUACGAAAUCAUAAGCAGCGAUUCUUUGAAAAUGCUUUCAUUUCGCUCCUAGUGACUGAGUCUGCCAGUUUGAAGUAUAAUGUACUGAGUUUGGCUCAAGAUCUACAAAAUGAUAGUUGUGUUGGUUGCUAUGCUAGCUGCGGCUAUGGCUGGGCCGGCUACGGAAAGUUACAAAGACCAGUACUGCACCGACCCUCGCACAAUGCAGAAGCACGCAGCAUACACAGAGUGGGCUGACGCGUAUUCCUGCACACGUCAUCGCUGCCAGCCUGGGGGGAGAAACCUGGCCAUUUACACUGUGGGGUGCAAGCGCGUAGAAGCGCCGGAGUCGGCUAUCGAGUGUGAGGAAGUGGUCGAAGACACCAACAUGCAGUUUCCCUUCUGCUGCACCAGACUUAGAUGCCUGGUGGUAGUGAGGGGUGAAGUCUGGACCAGGGUGCUGGGGCAGCCGUGGGAGACUCUCCCUGCCGCUCCGUGGAGCCACAUGUACAAGAUGAAGAAACCGCCUCCAGGGGACAGCACCUUCUUGCCCAAAUCUCCCAACGAAGGUCCGAUCUACGAACUAGCGUCAGACACUGAGGACAGGGAGAAGGUGCUCCGAGCCAACAAGAAGAGUACCACGGAGUCGCCGGAUUGCAACGAGGUGGCGCCACGAGCGGUGCCCACGCCCGACAUCGUUAUCGCGCUGUCGACCAACAACGACGUGAAAGAACACAAAAAGAACGAGAAUACAAGGCACAAAAGAGUAAGGAAGCAGCCGCCUACCGGUCCAUUUUACGAAGAAGAAUUAUCUGAGCACCACAACGAAGUGGAUAAUGAAGAAUCUAUGCCGACUGAGAAGCCAGCUGACCCUAUUUCGGAAGAGAAAUUCUACGUAAACGCUUAUGGAGUCACACAAAAACCAUACAAGUCUCAGCACCACCAAGUGGCGUGGACGGAGAUCCCGAAUGGCCAGUGGAACGAACACGAGCCUAUUCCAGAUGUUGACACCACGGUCCGGGACGGUAGCCACCAGCCCGAGUUCCCACCUCUAGAAGAGAAGCAGCCAGUCUUCAAGGAAGAGAAACCUACCAACCUCCAAGCGUUGGUAGACGCCAUCGGCACCAGGAUGAGAGACAUCGAAAACGUGGUGCAAAGGAUGAGCGAGAAGGUACAUCAGGCAAAGACUCCCACUCCGGAGUUUAGCAGUGCUGAGAAGAGGUCACUGUCAGAUGUGGAAGGAACCCCUCCACCGAGGAAACACCAUAAAGGGGAGAAGGAACACGGCAAGGACCGGACUAAGAGACCCAACCCUGAUGGAGACCAUUACAAAAGGUUCUCAGUAAGGAAUAGAGGCAGCAAGUACCUCCACGCAGCGACAGACAGCACGACUGAACAGCCUCUCUUCGUGGAAGACAACAACAUGAACGGCUACUUCAGCGACGCUAGCAACAGCGUGCUGAGGAGAGCUAACCCUCCCAAGGAGCCCCAAGCCACCUACAUGGCCCCUGUCGAAAAUCGUCGCAAGUCCACCCACAUCCUAUCAGACGUCUCAGAAGAACUGGAGAAGAAGAAGAAAAAACACUCGCAUAAGAAGAAGAAAGGCAAAGGCAGAAACCAUAAGAAACACCAUAAAGAAGACAAGAAGAAGCGAGUGAAUAAAGUUAACUCCGUGGAGCUGGAUAGGAAUGUGGUCUCGCUAGAAGACAGUAGUGCUAUGGCUAGGAAAUGAUUCCCAAUAGUACUUACAGACAAACCUAUCGAAACAACACACAAAGGCUCAGAACAGACGGUGAAACGCAAAUGCAACGAAACUGCAACUUUCUGAUCGUUCUGAUGCAACUUUCUGUUGAUUCUGAUGAAUGAAACUGAAACUGAAAGUUUCAAACUGGUCGCGUCAUGUGUGGUCUCUCAACGG